AUGGAAGAUUAUAAGUGGAUUUUAGGAACCCUUUUCACUUGUAAAGAAGAAUUUAAGGAGGCUACGACAAUAUAUGCCAUUCAUAAUGGGAGGGAUUUGAAGUUUAUAAAAAAUGACAAACUAAGAGUGAGAGUUAAAUGCAAGGAAGGUUGUGAGUGGUUUGCCUAUUGUGCAAAGUUACCUGAUGAAGAUACAUGGCAACUUAGGAAACUAGUCGACACACAUUCAUGUAAUAGAGAGUAUAAGGUCAAAUUUAUGAGAUCAAAUUGGCUCGGGAAAAGAUUGUACUCAAUAGUUAAAGAGAAUUCGAACAUAAAAAUUACAGAUAUUUCUAACAAGGUUCAUAAAAAGUGGAAUGUUGGAGUAAGUAAGAUAAAUGCAUUCAGGGCACGAAGGGUUGCAAUUGAUAUGGUUGAUGGAUCAUUCAGAGAGGAAUAUCUAAGAUUGUAUGAUUACUGUCAUGAGUUAUUAAGAUUAAAUCCAAAGAGUACUGUUAAGUUAGAAGUCCAAGCUACAAAUUCAGAGGUAACUGAUUAUGUGGACAGAUCCCUUUUACCAAGUUUUCAACGACUAUAUAUGUGCCUUAAUGGAUGUAAAGAGAGUUUCCUGAUUUGUAGACCAAUAAUUGGUCUUGAUGGUUGUUUCCUUAAAGGGUAUUAUGGGGGUACGAUUCUUGCUACUGUGGGUAGAGACCCAAAUGACCAAAUGCUUCCAAUUGUUGUGGCUGGAUUGUUUCCUGCAAUGGAUGAGUUGCUUCCUGGGGUUGAACAAAGGUUUUGUGUAAGACACCUCUAUAACAACUUCAGAAAAAUGUACCUAGGGAAGAAACUUAAAGAAUUGAUGUGGAAGGCAACCAAGUCAACAUAUCCUCCACAAUGGGAAAGAGAAAUGAAAGAGUUGAGGAAGGUUAACGAAGAGGCCUACAAAUAUUUGGUGAAGAUUCCACCAAGGUUUUGGUCAAAGUCAAGAUUCAGUUUCAAUUCUAAAUGUGAUGUGCUUGUCAAUAAUAUGUCAGAGACAUUCAAUAGUGUCAUAAUUGGACCUAGAGGGAAAACCAUAGUGACAAUGCUUAAAGACAUCAAAUUGUACUUAAUGGAAAGGUAUGUUGGUGAAAAUAUAUUUGGAGUUAGUAACAUCAACCACACAGGAGACAAGUUUGUGGUAUCGCUGGAAAAUAGAGAAUGUUCAUGUAGGAAGUGGAUGCUCAUUGGAAUUCCCUACUGCCAUGCAGUUUGUUGCUGCAACUUCAUAAAAAAAGAUCCAGAAGACUUGAUUUCAACAUAUUAUAGGCGAGAGACAUAUGCGGCAUGUUACCGACCUAUUAUUUACCCAAAAAAUGGACAAAAUGUAUGGGCUCAAACUCCAUAUCCUUAUGUCUUACCACCACCAUCAAGAAGGCUUCCAAGAAGGCCCAAAAGGUCAACGAACAAAGAUGGCGAUGACAAAAAUAGAGACUCGACAAUGAUUAGUAGGAAAGGGAUGUCAAGUAAGUGCACCAACUGUAAACAACCUGGUCAUAACAAGGCAUCAUGUCCAAGCCAAACCCAAGAAAGCCAGACUCAAACUGAAGUUUGUCAAGCCCAAACUAAAGCUGUUCAAGCCCAAAGUCAAGUUGUCCAGACCCAAGCCCAAGCCCAAUCACAACCUAUCAAAACCAGAGGAAGACCCAAGAAAACCAACCCACACAACCUGUCAAACGCAGAGAAAGACCCAGGAAACUACAAUCUGCACAAGGAAUGCAGAAAUGCAAAGCCUCAUGAAUCUGUAACAGGAAUGCAAAGCUUGUUGAAUUUGUAA